AUGCACUCCGGCUUCUCUGCCAACGGCAUGGUCGCCGAUGCUGACUACUCGCCCAUCGACGAUUCCUUUUACUGGCAAAACUCGUUCGACCAAGCCUACCCCAUCGGCUUGUACACUACCCCACCCGACCAAUCGCUAGGAGCCUUUCCUAACUAUGCUUGGUUCGAACGGUCUCACUCGUUUAUUGAAUACUCCGCAGGCUGGGAUUGUCACUUAGCGAACUACCCCACGCAGCCGCUUGGCGAAUUCAGGGAAAGCUGCGCAUCCACUUCUGACAGGGUCUCCACAUUCAACCUGCACAUGCCUACCACGCCCAACACCAGACUUUACUCUGCUUCACCUCUUAGCGACGACAUCACAGCCCUCGUAUCCCCACCCUUGUCCCCUCCACUACCUGAGUGCGAGAUCCCGAAAGAAGCGCCUUCACCAGACGAAGAGUCGGCUCCACGACAAGUCCGGCCCAAGCGCGGCCGUCCAAGGCUCAACCGCAACCUUUCUGGCGCGAAACCAGUUCCGUCUACCAACGCCUCCUCUUCAAAGCAAUACCAGCGUGCGCCACGCCAGCCGCAUAAUCAAGUUGAGCGCAAGUACCGCGAGGGGUUGAACUCCGAUCUGGGGAGACUGAGACGCGCUGUUCCGAUGCUGUCGCAGAGCGGGGAGGGCGCUGUAAUCGGGUGGCUGAAGCCGAGCAAAGCGAUGGUGCUAUCGUGCGCUGUUGAGUAUAUUGCGAAGAUUGAGCUUGAGAGGGAUGGGCUAAGGAAGAGAAACGAGCAGCUGGGCGGGGAGAUGUGCAGAAGUUGA